CCGUAUGCGUACCGAUUCUGUGACAUGACGAAAGAGCGAAAAUACUGUUGGAAGAAAAUGCGAAUGUUGGACGUUUUUAACAUCCGGGUGAUGUUGAAUUUAUACGGGUCUUUAGGAUGGCGUUUGUUGAAUUACCUGACAUCUGCACGUGUUUGAAGCUGCAUGACGAGAACAAGAGACUCAAACGAAAGUAUGUUCGUCUUGUAGAAAGAAACAGGAAACUAGAGACACACGUUGCUGAAAUGGAAUCACAAGUAGGAAGAAGAGGAACCAUUAGAGAUAGAGAUACCAGUGGAUUAUGCUGCAAAGACAAACAUCAUCAAGAAUGUCAAGUUAACAAAGUUCCACAAAGCAGUCAUUCCCAACUUGACCCGGAGAACAUGAACAAAAUACUUGAGGGAUACUCAGAAGUGUCUCGCAAGUACAGUCGGAUGGUUGCUGAAAGUACCAAAUUGAAAGAGUCAAUUGCGACUUUGAAGGUUGAAAAGAGAGAAGUUGAGAAGCAGCUAGAAAGCAGCCAAUUACAUGCUGAUGGAUUGGUAAAACUAAAUGAAAGACUGACGUCUCAGAUAUCAUCUCUGAAGAGAGAACAAAGUAUAUCAGGGAUGAAUAAGAAGUUAGCUGCAGUUACUAAAGAGAGGGAUGCUUUAAGGGAAAAACAGCUGAAAUGGAAAGCUGAAUUUGAAUGUCUUGACAAGAAUUUUUUUGAGGAAAUUGAAGACCUGAAAUAUGCAUUGCAACAGUCAGCUAAGUUAUGCCAGUCCUAUGAUAGAACUAUGAGAAAACUGUGCCGCAGACACGAUAUCCCCUUUCCUACAGUAACGCCUUCAUGUGAUUAAUGACUUCAUUUUAGUAAAUCACAUCAAUAGAGCCAAGAUAACACAAAUCACUGCUUUAUAACUACUACGUACCGUACUACGUAUAUUAGAAAUAUUAUAACAGCUUUAU